AUGGAAAGCCAAUGCAGCAUUGUCAACGUCGCUGUGCAAAACAGGGACACGCAACCUUUCGGACACGCCACUGGAGGCUAUUUGCAAAUCACUGGCUGCCUACAGCAUAUUGACUCGAUACGGCUCGUGGAAGCGCACGAACUCACCCAGUUGUGGGCCGAACAGCAUUAUGAGUUCUUGCAAGAUGAUCGAGUUGUCGCGACUGGUAUGCUUGACUGCUCAAACACAUGCAAUUGUACCGACUGUAGGCAGCGCAGAUCAUCUAGAGAAUACCACAAACCACAAGCGGAGCACGAGAUUUGGGUCCUCCUGCUAGGAGCUGCCCACGUUGAUCCGAAGGCCACCGAUGUGGAAGGCUUUGAUGAAGAUACUAAUAGAGAAAACACUGACGAUAGCUCCGACAGGGGGUGUACCGACGAAGAUACUGAGGAGGCUACCGACGGAGAUACUGAGGAGGCUACCGACGAAGAUACCGACGAGGCUACCGACGAUGAGGCUGCUUACGAUGAGGCUGCUUACGGUGAGGCUAUUGACUACGAGGCCCUCAACGACAACUGCUCAUCAGAUUCUAUGCUGCUUGUCUCUUCAGAUCCGUGGAUUGUCGGACUUGUUCUUACGCCUGCAGAGCGGCCUGGAGCAGAGGCCAUAUACCGUCGCGUGGGUAUGUUUUGCAUAGAGUCUGCUCCGAAGUCAGAGGACCAGAAGCCAAUGUCUAUGGAAUACCACCGUCAGGUUCUUGAGUCCCGCCUGAAGGACGGACAGAACCAGCAAACUUACGUCUCUCCUUCCGACAACAUAAUGUCUCCGGCCACACAGAAGCUCAACGCCUUCAAGAGCAAGCAAGUCGGCAUAAUGAAGAGCAAGUCGAAACCACAGUCACUCUUUGCGAAGACAACAUCGAGGAACGCGGACACCGCGAAAGAAGGCGCCAUGUUCGCCGACAUACCCAAGAACAAUUAA